ACGGAUAUUCUGUCCCCUGUAACAUAGGACUAUUAAUGCAAGAUACUUAAAGCAUAAAAACAGUGCAUAUAAUAUAUUUGGUAUAAGCAAAUUAUUUCGAAGUUAAUUAAUUUACGAGUGCCUUAAAAAUGCAUUUUUCGGCUGUGCUAUUAACACUGGUCUCCAGCAUGUUUGUGAAGAUAAUAGCUAAUCCAAUCACACAUCUCCACGCUUCGAUAAACACCGACGAUUAUCCACAAGAGCAUGCAAACCAACAAGGGGAUGUAACUCCUGGUGUUUUUCUCGAGUUGGAUCUGCUAGAAAGUAGAGAAGGACGUCUGGUAUGGACAAACACAAGCCAGGACCACUACAUCCGGGGAAAUAUCGAACUCACCCAUAACGGACGAAUCCGAAUACACAGGGCUGGAUACUACUCCAUUUUCUCCGCCAUUUUGUUCGACACUUACUCUGCCAACAGGCGUCCUCACAGACCUUUGGUUGCCUACCACGGCAUCAAGCUGUACAGAUUUGGCACCCAGAAGACUAUCAUAUUUAAUAAGACGACUCUGGGACGUGCCGUGGUAGUGCCGAGUCACACAGGCCCGCUGUACCACCAUCUUGAUGUCGGGGACGAGAUCAAAAUCGUCGUCAAUAAUAUCAACCUUAUAUAUGACUCAGAGUCCAAUUUCAUCAAUGUCGUCUUCAUGUUUGAAAACUAAACAGCCUAUGGAACCAUUGGAGGAUUGAAUGUGGUGUGAGUUACUUUAUACAGGGGGAACAUUGAAUACUUGAAACCAAACUAUUCAAUAAUAAACUAAUUCUAUUUCGUGUGAGCCGGUAGAAUUGUGCAUAUAACAACAUAUAAGCUGAGGUACAAGUUUAUUCAUUUGUUGUUUUGUACAGAAUCUAUACUAGUAACAUAUGUUCCGCAAUAUAAAAGCAUACAUAGAUUUAUUCUUUACUUUGAAUAUCUUGACACGGUUGCAUACCGUGCUUCCGCCGUCCAUGUGAUCUCCAAAUGAAUUCAGCGUACAUAUUGACAGCUUUGAGAAGGAGAAUCGGUAUCACCAAUGCGUUGCAUUACAGUUUCAAACUUAUAUCUAAAUACCAUGUAUUUACUGUUUAUUUAUUAUCUGUUUUAUCAGAUUGUAUUGUUUUUUAUUUCAUUGGUGCUUUCUGAGUGUGCUGUAACAAUGGGUUUGACCUAACCUAGGGUACACCUGUAUCGUGGGAGGGAAAUUUGUAUUCUAUUAUAUUUAUAAAACUUUGAAUGUUAUUCAUCUGUCGCCCAGAUUGCAUUUUACUGACAAUCAAUACAGUCUAGCAAGUGUUGGUGUUAUCUAGACUUAAUAUUGUGACUUGACGUCAUUAUUUAUGAGAUACUUCAGAUUUGGAGGCUAUAGGUUGUAUAAAUUGGUUGCGAAAAUAUUUUAUUUUAAUACAAGCUCUGCCGAUAUAAACAUAAUUACUUAUUAUAUCAAAUUAUAAUUCCAUAAUUUAAAGUUUUUAUCGGGGUCUACAAAUCAUUGAAUCAUAGGCCUAUUUUGAAAUAAUUAUUUAUGUCAUAUCAUAUCAGCAGAGUAUUGAAACAAAAUAGUUCUUAU